GUGUGUGGUGAAUCUACCCGGGUUACUGAGGUGGAAAGGCUGGUGUCCGGGGCCUGUACGCCAUGAGCGGCCUAAGGAUUAUGUUGACAGUGAGAGCCGGCAGGAGGCUGUGGCAGGCACUUGGUGACAGCGGCGGCUGCUAGUGAAGCCUCGGUGUUUCACGGAUCCCCAUUAAAUAGCUUCCCCUUCCUAAAGGGAGAAGGACACCGAGUCCGCUUUACUGCUUGGGCCGAGGAUUCCCUCCCCACCGCUUGCUCCUGCGUAGCAGCAUGGGGCGCCUGCGGCUAACACUCCUGGGCCUCGGUGUCUGGCUCUUCCUGGUGCUGGUCCGAGUCCAAGCGGCUCCACUUCCUGAAACAGGUGCAGAGGAUGUUCCUAUCGGUGAAGUCCCUUUGUUCUCAAUGCUGCUCUCCGUGUGCAGUUUCAUCGCGCUCGUUGUCCUUUUAGUCGGCUGUAUAUCCUGUUGCAAAGAAACGGAAAUAGACUUCAAGGAAUUUGAAGACCAUUUUGACGAUGAAAUAGAUUUUACGCCUCCUGCAGAAGACACCCCGUCGACUCAGUCCCCGGCAGACGUUUUCACUUUAUCUGUUCCAGCUGUUUCACUUGCGGUUCCCUCGCAGCUGCAGUCACCCCAAGAUGUCUCCAAGUCCCAAAUUGUUCGGCACAGUCUGAGCUACAUUCAGGAAAUCGGCAGCGGCUGGUUUGGAAAGGUUCUUCUUGGAGAGAUCUACAGGGAAAACAGCGUAGCAAGAGUCAUCGUGAAAGAGUUAAAAGCCAGCGCGAACACCAAAGAGCAAGAACAGUUCAUAAAGAAUGGAGAGCCCUACAGCUAUCUUCAUCAUCCGAACCUUGUACAAUGUCUUGGUCAGUGUCUGGAGACCAUGCCGUACCUCCUGGUGUUUGAUUUAUGUGACUUGGGUGACCUAAAGACUUAUUUAAGUAACGAGUGCGAAAAACUCAACGGAGAUGCGGAAAUUAUGCUGCUUCAGCGAAUGGCUUGUGAGAUCGCGGCCGGACUCGCCAUAAUGCACAAGCACAACUUUGUUCACAGUGACCUGGCGUUAAGGAAUUGCUAUAUCACAUCUGAUUUAACAGUGAAAAUAGGAGACUAUGGAAUAGGCUACAGCAGGUACAAGGAGGAUUACAUGGAGACCACCGAGCAGAAGGUUUUCCCAGUGAGGUGGACGGCUCCAGAGCUGGUGACGUUCUACCAAGACAGGACAAUUGUUGCAGAUCAGACUCGGCCUAGUAAUAUUUGGUCUCUGGGCAUUACUCUUUGGGAGCUGUUUGAUAACGCUGCUACACCCUACGAAGAAAUGUCAGACAGCGAAGUGCUGGCGCACGUGAUAAAAGAAAGAGACGUUAAACUAACGAAACCCCAGUUAGAGCAGCCGUAUGCAGACAGAUGGUUUGAAGUCUUGCAGUUUUGCUGGUUACCCACCGACAAGCGACUUACCGCUGAAGAAGUCCACAGGCUGCUCACUUACCUCCGUAUGCAGAGCCAAAAGGACCCUGAAGUGGACUUUGAGCAGCGCUGGAAUUCUCUGAAGCCAAACACUACCAAUCGGCAGCAGCUGGCAAAUAAUCUGGCAUUUCCAAUUCUGGAACAUUUCAAUGGGGAUGACCUUGGUGGUGAAAUGGAUGAAAUUCUUACUAUAACUGAAACGAGCCAGGGGCUUAGUUUUGAGUAUGUUUGGGAAGCAGCCAAAGAGGAUCAUUUUGAAGAGCAUAGCCAUACAGACUCCGAUAGAGCUGUGAAUUAUAAUAGUAUAUUUUUCCCAGUGCCUGUUGAUGUUCUUCAGAAGUCGGCCUCUGAUCUUGGGCAAGGACAACAAGAACAUAUUGGCAGAGAUGAUAUCCCAGAAGUAGUUCCAGUAUUCGAUUCCCACAAUGUCUUGGUAACAGAUGAAUAUUAUAUUCAGCUAGAGGAGCAAGGAGAAAGCAGGUUGGACUUUGAUAAUCCUUCUCAUAAUCAGAGAGAAAAUAAAGGUGAAAACUUACAAUUAAUCGCUCUCGGAGAUCUUCAUUCAACCACAAAAUCCAAGAACACAGACUCUUCCCAAUCUCGACGGUCCAAUAUGCCAGAAUAUUUGGAUGUUUCCACUCGUCAAAAUGCCACAUUUCAAGAUAUAUACCAGGACUUUGAUACAAUGGAAAAACUGCCUGGUGGAAUAAUGCUUUCAGACUUGCCUGGAAAAAUUCGUUCAGAAUUUGAGUCCUCUCAGGUUUGUUCAAAUCUUAAUCCCCUAAGUGAGGAUUCGAAGCACAUUUUGGAAAUAGAAACGUUUCUUUUUGGGAAUACACCACAAUCAAAUCUUGGUUUACCGGAUUUUGCGGAGCUGUCAGAAAAUUUCCUGUUCCUGACAGAGAAGAAUUUGUUGUCUGAUUAUCACGCAGAUAAAUUGUAUGAACCAGCAUCUGAAUUGCAAAGUAACAUCGGUCCAGAUAGUAUAAGUAACAGAUCGCCCCAAAAUAGUUUGGACGUUGAACUCCAGCUGGCUGAAGUGAAUUCAUCUUUACAUGUGAAAACACCACCGGAGUCAGUACUUUCGUCAUCGAUCAUUGAAGACUCUGAACUUGAUUCUUACAAGAAUCUGCACAUAUCCACAGAGGAGCCCAGCGAUUCCCCUGGCACUGACAGUAUAUCUGUUUUAAAUGUUUGUAAUGAUCAGGACUUUAAAAGCCGUCAGUUUGAUGUCGGAAGCCAUAAAGCCGCUGAAGGAAAUGUUAAUUGUUAUAAAUCGGAAACAGAAAAUAUCCAGUCGAAUAAUGUUAAGAACAGCAAGCCCAAUGAGUAUGGUUGCCUUGGUUCCGUUCAUAAGCCUUACCCACUUAACACUGACAGUAAUAUGGAUCAUCUGAAUGGAGAGUUUGUUUCAGAUCAGGUUAUUGUAACACCUGCUUCUUCAGAUUCAGCAAGUCAAGACAGUCUGCUGGAUGACAGCAUAUCAAACCUUACUCCGUCUGCGGUACCGUCGCUCGGAACGCCUGAUUCUCUUGAUUCUUUAGACGUUCAGAAUGUUUUAGAAUCCUUGGAGAUAGAGGGGACGCACACCUUCGCACCUUCCGAUAAGCCCGCCGACAGUGGUUAUGAAACUGAGAAUAUAGAAUCUCCAGAAUGGACCUCGCAUAUUAAUGCACAUUCAAGCCAUAAUGUGGAACAUACAGAUGAGAUCAACAAUGCACCGAAGUUUACAGCCCCGAUUAUCAUCAUCUCUGAUGUCGGAGAAACUGACUUUGAGAUGAAAGAUGACCCGGAACUUAAAACUCAGAAGGCUGCAAAUGGGGGUCAAGGCUCUUAUCGGGACUCUGCCUAUUUCUCAGAUGAUUCUGAAUCUGAAAGGAAGCCUGAAAUCGAAACGGAUACAUCGGUAUUAGGAGUCAGAGUCCCAGAAACCGACUCAACUCUUAACGCGCAUGUGGACCAAACCAAGGAACCGCACGAGGACCCUGCGUCUGAAAUAGGCAUUGUUGAUCUUCAAGUAAAACAGUCUAAAGAAGAGAAUUUAGAAAACAGCCCUGCUGAACAUUUAGUGUCAAAGGAGCUUCUCCAGCAGGCUGAAUGGAAUGGGUUUUUCUCCAUGGAUUUAUCAAAGAGUGAAGCAACAAAACAUUCUCCUGUUGACCCAUCCCUUGUUGAAAAUAAAACAUUAGACGAGGAGGAAAUCGUCAAUCCUUUUGGGCCAUCAGAACUCUUCCGCUCAACAGAUGCAAUCAAAGAGAUUCCUUUCUUCCAUCAUAAUGAUGGCCAGAAACUGAAAGAGCCAGACAUGGAAGGAAAGUAUCUGAGGAAGCUUGAUGCUUCGGGUCUCCUUGAUUUGUCUGAGGAUGGUAUUGAUGCUGACGAAGAAGAUGAGAAUAGCGAUGAUUCAGAUGAUGACAUUAGAGCUUUCAAUCUUCACAGUUUUAGCUCAGACAGUGAGGAUGAUGUAGUCCAUCCAGUUCCAGUUGUCCAUAUGGAAAACGAUGAUGGGAAAAACUUAAAAAGCCUAAUUAAAAAGAAAAAACCUGCCGCAUCAAACAUGCUCAACGGCAGCGAGAAAAAGAGCAGGAAAGCAGUUCGUUUUUUUGGUGAUGUCACGGUGUAUUUAUUUGAUCAGGAAACGCCUACCAAAGAUCUUGGAUCGCAUGUGGUUGAUGUGAGCAAUCAAGUCUCAAGUAGCAGCAGCCCAACGUCUCCCGCUGCCCCGAGCUAUCUCCAGAGGUUUACAAACUCCGAAAGUUCUACGGACGAAGAAGGAGGUGGUUUUGAAUGGGAGGAUGACUUUUCCUCUCCUGAGCCUUCAUUUAUAAAUAAAUCAGCACAAAACCUCAUCGGAACCAAACUAUCUGAUAAUCCUUCGAAAUAUUUCUCACCUCCCCCACCCGCCAGGAGUCCUGAUCAAAACUGGACUAAUUCAUCUUAUUCGCGAUUCUCCAUCUCGCCAGCAAACAUGGCGAGUUUCUCUCUCACGCAUCUAACGGAUUCUGAUAUAGAGCAAGGAGGCAGCAGUGAAGAUGGCGAAAAAGACUGAAUACCAGCAUUUGUUGUUCACGCGGUCCGGGCUGCUCGUUUCACGAGAGGAAAACCUACAAAUACUUGAUAUUUUUUCUUUUAAUAUCCCUUCAGAAGAUACCUUCGCAAUUAAAGCAUGAAUACUGUGACCAGAAAUCAAACCCUGCAGGAUCGGUUUUGUAAUGUGAUUUCAUGUAUCUAGUGCAAUCUGCUUUUCUCCUGGCCGUGGCAAAAAGUGGCUUCGACCUGCUAGAAGCACCCAUGGCUGUUCUUUAUUCUUUGUAUAUGUGAAGGUGUAUAAAUUAACUCCAUAUAGUAUAGAUUGAGGACUGUAAAUUUUGUGGGUUUUUUCUAUAUAAUUAAGCUUUGUACAUACUAGAAGCCUUUACCUCCCAGAGGGGUGUGCGGAGGAUUGCAAAGCAGUCGAGCUUCGCGAUCUUUUCUGCCCCUCCUGGGCGUUAAUGUCUGUGCUACUAUAACAGGAAUGAAUGUGAUGUCCUGUAUGAAAACACUAUUAUUCCUUUAUUAUUGCACUGCGUAAUGUUUCCUGCAUCUCUAUAUAUCUGUACAGAGAUUUUUAAUUGUAAAUGGAAUUAUGAGCUUGGUAUCAGAUUUACUGUAUGAUUGUUGAUAAAGUUGUCCUUGCAUUGAAAUUUGUGUGUAUGUAUAUAUAUAAAACAAAAGCUGCUCCGAGGAACCCUGCAAUCUGUCUCUGAUAAGCUGUAGUAAUUGUAGCUUUUUGGACGUUCCUGCUCUUGGAAGCGAAGCGAUUCCUUUGCAUAUUUAAUAUUCUGUAUUUUCGCUGUUAAGCCGAGAUCACAAAAGAGAAACUUUUGUCAUGAAAUGAUGAGCAGAUAUUAAAAAGCAGCUCCACCGACA